AUGAACAACACAGCCAUAUCAAGGUUAUUAAUCACCAAACAGCAUCUCAAACCGACUCGUUGCAACUCCGUUUUACAUAAGCCACAAAGUAGUAUAAGUAACGUUGACCAAGGUACUAAGUACACAACAGAUUUUAAGAAUUAUGCUGUCAAUAAGGAAAAUGGACAAAUUUUGUCUUAUUUUCAUGACGUUCCGUUAGAUUUUGACAUAGAGACAAAGACAGCGAAUAUUGUUGUUGAGAUUCCCCGGUGGUCCAAUGGUAAGUUUGAAAUAAAUACGGAAUUGCCCGGUAAUCCUAUCACACAAGAUGUCAAGAAGGGAAAAGUACGUUUCGUUAAGAAUUUAUUCCCUUAUCAUGGAUAUAUUCAUAAUUAUGGUGCCUUCCCACAGACUUGGGAGGAUCCUAAUACGAAGAAUGAAGAGCUAGGUUUAUACGGAGACAAUGAUCCGUUGGAUGUGUGUGAAAUUGGAUCUAAUGUUUGCCAAAUCGGUGAUAUAAAACGAGUUAAAAUCUUGGGAUCUUUAGCAUUAAUAGAUGAUGGUGAAUUGGACUGGAAAGUUAUUGUAAUCGAUACCAAUGAUACGCUAGCACAAGAGAUUCGUGAUAUUCAUGAUGUGUUUGUUAAAUGUCCUGGGUUAUUGGAAUCUACUAAGCAAUGGUUUCGUGAUUACAAGUUACCGGAUGGAAAGCCUAAAAAUGAGUUUGCUUUCAAUGGAGUUUACAAAAACCAACAGGAAACAAUAGAGAUCAUUAAAGAAUGCAAUUUGUCGUGGCAGAAAUUGAUCAAUGGGGAUGUCACUAGUGGAAAGAUUCCAAAAAUUGAAAAUGUCUCCUUUGCAAGUACUCCUGGGCAUAUUACAGAGUUUGAUUCUAAAAGAUUGUUAGAUAAUGCUUCCAAACCCCCUGCCAAAAUUCCCUCAGAAGUAGACAAGAUAUAUUUCAAUGGCCAAGAUUAG